AUGUCCUCGGCGUCGGGACCGCGCCUCCCCCCCGCUCCCAGCCGCAGCGUCCUCUCGCACGAAAAUGACAAACUGUUUGACCCCGAUGCGUGUCGACACGAGCUGGCAAAGAUGACCGAGCUGGCCUGGCCCAUCGUCUGCUCCGGCUUCCUCUCCUACGGUCUCAGCGUCAUCAGCAUCGCUUUUGUGGGCCGCCUGGGCAAGCUGGAGCUGUCCAUCACCCUGCUGGCCACCAGCUUCUUCAACGUCACAGGCAUGGCCAUCGUCCUAGGGUUUGCAGGCGUGCUGGAGACCGUGUGCGGGCAGGCCUACGGCGCCGCGCACUACCGCGCGGUGGGCCUGGCGCUGCAGCGUGCCGUGCUCAUGGCGCUGGUCCUCUGCAGCGCCAUCACUGCCGGCUGGUUCCACGCCGCGCCGCUGAUGACCAUGCUGGGCCAGGAGCCGGCCAUCGCGGCGGGGGCGGCGCGCUUCCUCUGGCUCAGCUCCCCCGCCCUGUUCGCGGGGGCGCUGUAUGGCGUGCUCACGCGCUACCUGCUGGCCCAGGGCCAGAGCCGGCUGCCCACCUGGUCGGCGGCCAUCGCAGUCCUGCUGGCCCCAGUCUACAACUACCUCCUGGUGCUGCGGGCGGGGUGGGGCCUGGACGGCGCCGCGCUGGCCCUGGACCUCACCGAGGCCACGCUCCUGGUCUCCCUGGCCUGGCUGACGUGGCGCUUCAACAGGGGGCUGGAGGGCACGCCCAAGCAGACCUGGCACGGCUGGAGCUCCGCGGCUCUGCGCGGCUGGGGCUCCUACGUCCGCAUCGGCCUGCCCUCCGUAGCCAUGGUCCUGGUGGAGUGGAGCGCCUUUGAGGUCUGCGUGCUGGAGGCGGGUUGGCUGCCUGACCCUGAGGUCACGCUGGCGGUCAUGGGCGUGUGCCUCAACAUCUCCACCCUCCUCUACAUGCUGCCCGCGGGGCUGUCCGCCGCCUGCUCCACGCGCCUCUUCCUCAUCGCCGUGCUGGUGUUUGGCCGCUUCGGCAUCGUCCAGAUCCUCACCAACGUGCCCGAGGUGAUCUCCCUGGCGGCAGACACGCUGCUGAUCGUGGCCUGCGCCAUUCUGGGGGACGGCAUCAACUGCACGCUGAACGGCAUGCUGCGCGGGUGCGGGCGGCAGACGCUGGGCGCCGUGCUGAACGUCGCCUCCUUCUGGGGCGUGGCCCUGCCCCUGGGCUGGGCCCUCGGCUUCCGCCUCAACUGGGGCGUGCGCGGCCUGUGGUGGGGCCUGGUGACGGGCAACUACCUGCUCACUGCCUCCCUGCUCGUCGUGCUGGCCACAACAGACUGGGGCCACCAGGUGCGCCGCGCCAGCACGCUGACCGAGGGCCUGGAGGCGGGGCCGCCGGCCGAAGAUGAGCGCAACGUCCUUGUGCUCUAG